AUGGCGGCGAAUGUUAGCAUUUUUGCAGCUCCACCACUCACCAACUUAAAAAUACCAUUGCUUUUCUUCAAGAACACUUCGUUUCUCGAUUUCGCGGAAAUCCAUUUUCUCCGACAAUCGAUUUCGACAGGGAUCGUACGAUCACCGACUCCAAGGAGAAUCGGGUCUGUCUCGUGCACUUCUGUCACGGACGAGGCUUCUACUUUCAAAGAUCGUCCCGUCGCGGAAAAUGAGCAACAAGUUCAAACCUUGACAUGGAAGUGGAAAGGUUACUCGAUAAGAUAUCAGUGUGCUGGAAACAGUGGCCCUGCUUUGGUCUUGGUUCAUGGUUUCGGUGCUAACAGUGACCAUUGGAGGAAGAACACACCGAUCCUUGGGAAAUCUCAUAGGGUCUACUCAAUCGAUCUUAUCGGGUAUGGAUACUCCGAUAAACCGAAUCCUCGUGAGUUUGGAAGCGAACCUUUCUACACUUUUGAGACAUGGGGUGAGCAACUCAAUGAUUUCUGUUUGGAUGUGGUCAAAGAUGAAGCCUUUUUUAUAUGCAACUCCAUCGGAGGACUUGUUGGUCUUCAGGCAGCAGUAAGUAAGCCAGAGAUGUGCAGAGGGCUUAUGCUUAUAAACAUAUCUCUCCGGAUGCUUCAUAUCAAGAAACAACCAUUUAUUGGAAGACCUUUCAUCAGAGCAUUCCAGAAUUUGCUUAGGAAUACUCCGGUUGGUAAACUGUUUUUCAAGAGCAUUGCUACACAAGAGACAGUGAAAAGCAUUCUUUGCCAGUGUUACCAUGAUAGCUCACAAGUGACGGAUGAGCUAGUUGAGGCAAUUCUACGGCCAGGGCUAGAGCCUGGUGCGGUUGAUGUGUUUCUUGAAUUCAUUUGUUACUCUGGUGGACCGCUUCCAGAGGAUUUACUCCCACUGGUCAAGUGCCCUGUGCUAAUUGCAUGGGGAGAGAAAGAUCCAUGGGAGCCAAUUGAUCUUGGACGAGCGUAUGGCAAUUUUGAUGCGGUUGAAGAUUUCGUUGUUCUUCCUGAAGCUGGCCACUGUCCUCAGAUCUUUGGGUGGAAACAAACAAGCUCGUGUAGACGGAAAGUGGAAACUCUCCGCCGUCUGUGGGAUCCGCCUCCGUUUUGA